CAUCAAAUUUUAAAAACAAACUGAAACUAAACCAACACCAUAUAACCCAAAACCUAUCACGAUACCACUCGUUCACUGACAGGACGAUAAUGGAAGCUCUGCUGAGCUCCACCACAACCACCACUCUCCGCCCCUCCCUCACACCUUCUUCCACCAAACCACCACUUUCUCUCUCUACAUUCACCACCACCACCCACAAACUCUCAAAAUCCAACAAAAACAUUCGUCUCCGAGUCUCCGCUACUUCUCCGAAACCUGCAACUGAAACGGCGGUCGAUACGUUCACUGUGCCUUCGGAAAUGAAGGGGUGGGUGUACGAUGAGUACGGCGGUGUGGAUGUGUUGAAGUAUUCGUCGAAUGUUACGGUUCCUAGUGUCAAUGAUGACCAGGUGUUGGUUAAGGUUGUGGCUGCUGCUCUUAAUCCUGUUGAUUUUAAACGACGGCUUGGGAAGUUUCAAGCGACUGAUUCUGCUUUGCCGACAGUUCCAGGGUAUGAUGUUGCCGGUGUAGUGGUUAAGGUCGGGAAGCAAGUUAAAGGUCUGAAACCAGGAGAUGAAGUAUAUGGAGAUAUAAGCGAAAAAGCACUCGAUGGGCCAAAGCAGUCAGGUUCUUUAGCCGAGUACACUGCAGUCGAAGAGAAACUGCUAGCCUUAAAACCCAAAAACUUGGACUUUGUGCAGGCUGCCAGUCUCCCCCUUGCAAUUGAGACUGCGUAUGAAGGUCUAGAGCGAGCCGGUUUCUCUGAAGGUAAAUCAAUCCUCAUCUUAAACGGUGCUGGCGGAGUCGGGUCACUCACAAUUCAGCUUGCAAAGCAAGUGUUUGGUGCUUCAAAAGUUGCGGCCACAGCGAGUACAUCAAAACUCGAGUUGCUGAAAAGUUUAGGUGCUGAUUUAGCAAUCGAUUACACCAAAGAGGACUUUGAACAACUGCCAGACAAAUACGACGUUGUUUUUGAUGCGAUUGGGCAAGGGGAGAAAGCGGUGAAGGUGGUGAAGGAAGGUGGCAGUGUGGUGGUCCUAACCGGAGCAGUGUCACCACCAGGGUUCAGGUUUGUUGUGACCUCUACCGGUUCAACGUUGACAAAGCUGAACCCGUACUUGGAGAGUGGAAAGGUGAAGGCGGUGAUUGACCCGAACAGCCCGUUUCCGAUUGACAGGGUGAAAGAAGCUUUUUCUUACCUUGAAACUGGUAGAGCUACUGGAAAGGUUGUUGUAUAUCCGGUUUCUGAAGAGUAUAUUUUGGAGAAGUUGGCACAAUAAAUGUAACCAAACAUGUAAUGAGUGUAUUUGAUAUCAUGAUAUUUGAGGUUAGUUUCAGCAUCUCUUUUGUUCUUGUUUUAUUGUAUGUAUAUCGUAUAAUGGCACUCGCUUUAUAUGUUUUAUAUAUGUAUUUGACAUUGGAGUGAUACUGAUUAACCAAACAUGAUGAUUUUUAAA